GAGGGCUACGCAGUGCGCAUGCUGAUCCGGUCGACGCUUGGACAGCAGUCAGACAGACUUCCUGUCCUGUUUCUUGACCCGUAGAGGUGUUUUUACUCGUUUUCUUGGAGAUGAACAGCGUUGGGGAGGCCUGCACCGAUCUUAAGCGGGAUUAUGACCAGUGCUUCAAUCGCUGGUUCGCGGAGAAGUUCCUGAAAGGAGACCGCAGCGGAGACCCGUGCACGGAGACCUUCCGGAAGUACCAGCUGUGUGUGCAGAAGGCCAUCAAAGAGAAGGACAUCCCCGUCGACGGAGUGGAGUUCAUGGGUCCCAACAAAGACAAACCUGAGAGCUGAUGGAGCCGCAGACGGGUUCGGAUCAGACCUGACCGGGGUCCAUGAGGCCCGUUGAGCAUGCGUACAGGCGCCAAGCCGGGCGAACUGGGUCACCUCCCGGUCCGAAGGCCGGGAAUCUUUUUCAAACGUCACUUUUGGAGGACUCGGUCCAGCUGUUGGUCACCUCGUGAGCCGGACGUCAUCAUUUUGCCAACUCAAACAACCAAUCACAGAGCUGCUGUCACCUGUUUUUUUUUUUUGGCUGAAAUUAAUUUUUUGUUCUUUUAAGAUUUCCCGGUCAGACUUUUCCUCUGUGAAUAAAAAUCAACAUAUCAUUAUAGCCAUAAUAAUGAAAACCACUUCCUGUUUCUCAUCAGAAUUUUUUAAAUGAAGCUCUUUGAGUGGAUGAGAGGCAGGGGCGUGUCCAGGGAGUGGCCUGGGGUGGCACAUGCCAACCUUGGAAUCUGACUGGCCACCCCAGGUGCCACCACACUAAUUUACCUUUAAAUCGGCUUUUCAUUGUCCACAAAAGGCUUGGGGGUAAAACAAAAAAAGCAUAACCAUUGGUGCCACCCAUGCAAAAAGUUGUGCCGCACCUUGGCCACCCCAUUUUAAAAGAUCUGGAGACGCCACUGAUGAUAGGUAGAUGGCACCAUCUAGGGUUCUACAACCCCCCAAGGUACUUUACAACUAAUCAGUCAUUCACGUGCUGGUGAUGAAGAGCUGCAUGUAGCCACGGCUGCCCUGGGACGCACGGGCAGGUCUGCUGGUCCUGACCACCCCCAGCUUGCAAAGCAGGUGAAGUGUCUUGCCCAAGGACACAGAUGGGGCGUGAACCUGCAACCCUCUCGCUGGUAAAUGACGUGCGAGUGUGUAAACUCAGCUGUGAUAAACUGAAGCAGCAGGUUCGUUGAGCCUCACAAACAUCUGCAGCGUGUUAGACUUUCUCAGCGGCCUUGUUUGCUUUUCACAUUUAUAGAUGUGGAAAUGUUCAUGAAUAAAUUCAAGUGAAUCUUUUCA